UUUCCUAGGUUUGGUAGACUCAAUUUUAGCGCUAGCUAAAGCUACAUUUCGUCUCCAAGCGUUCAUCAAACCGAGAUAAUCAAUGUAUACGUACCCAUGUCAAAAGGCUCUCGCACAGCUCAACUCGAUCCACAGAAUCCAAGGUACUCAUCGUACUGUAGGUAACUGGUCCAGUUAAUCCACGUUGAUCGCCCUUCUUUAUCUGAAAAUGGCCAGCCAGCUAUCGAGAUAAAAAUAAAAAAAAUCAACAAGACUGACACGUCUGAUCAACUGGAUAACCAAAACGAGGAAUUAUUAUUUGUAAAAAGCUAACUAAUCGGUUUUCCCGACAGGACGGAUGCGGUCCCGCGCUGUUUUCACUUGCAUUAAUGCAUACAACGUCAAAAGUGGAUGUUAUUUAAUCAUAAACAGAGACGUUAAGACACACAUCUACCGGUCGGUCACCAACCAGCUGGGAUGGUCGUCACUAGUUACCACGGCCACAAAGUCAUCAACUCUGCCUAUUUCUACAAUUUCUCUUAUUAAAAUCAGAUUUCAAACCUAACAUUAACCACGUUGAUAAGCCUAACCCUUAAUUAAGAAUUUUGUUUUCAGACUUUCUUUGUUUUGUUACGAUAUAACAAAUGUUGACUUUGUGGCUGUGUUAUCUACUGCAAACCAAAAAAAUGAUUACCACUCUGAAUUCGGGGAAACAUCGAGCCUGAAUAGGAUCAACCAUCUUUAUCAACGUUAGUUAGUCCAGAAUACCUCUAAAGAAAUCUAAAUAAUCAUAAGCAUAUGUGAAGAACUACAAAAAAAAUGUUGACUGAUUUAUUCCAUGAAAAUGUGAAUAAAUACAUUAGGUUGAAUUUAGAGCAGGCAGUAAUUGGGACGCCAUUUAGAGGAAGGCUGGAAAAAGACCUUUCUAAGAAUGCGGAAGUGGAGCAGUCAAUUCCAAUGGAUCUUUCUUAUUGUACUUCAGUGCAAUGGACAGUUCUAUAGGAUAUGAUUAAGUGGAAUGGAUGGAAACAAUGAAUGUGGCGAGGUGGACUAUUUGCUGCAAGAUGAAGACUCACUCAUAGAAGGAGUCAGCAACCCUGUCUUGUUUGUGGUCGUUCUCAGUGUCACGUUCCUGUGUGGACUGGUAACUCUGCUCUGCAGAAAUGAGCAGUAUAACAUCCACCCAGAGAACCAGGAACAUGUCCGUGCCGUUCGGCAACAGCUACAGUCCGAAUCUCAGGAAGCUGAACCAGCCGAACCCAGGCGACAGUUCUAUACAGACAUGUCCUGUCCAGUGUGUCUACAGCAGGCCGUGCUGCCUGUGGAAACUAACUGUGGCCACCUCUUCUGUGUCUCCCCUCAGCAGGUACAGGAUGGAACGGUUGAACCGCUCCUCAUCCUCCGGGAUCUCGGCGACUACAACCGCAGGUUCUCCGGACAACCCAGAUCUCUGAUGGACCGGCUGCGUGACGUCCCCACGUUGCUACGCCACCUCUUCAGGGAGAUGUUCUCCGUCGGGGGCCUGUUCUGGAUGUUCCGGAUCCGUGUCCUGCUGUGUCUGAUCGGGGCUCUGACCUACCUGAUCUCCCCUCUGGACUUCAUCCCCGAGGCUCUGUUCGGUCUGCUAGGCUUCCUGGAUGACUUCUUCAUCAUCCUGCUUCUGUUCAUCUAUAUCUCUAUCAUGUAUAGAGAGGUGGUGACCCAGAGACUGGCAGCGUGAUGGAGAGAGGUGGUGACCCAGAGACUGGCAGGGUGAUGGAGAGAGUUGGUGACCCAGAGACUGGCAGGGUGAUGGAGAGAGGUGGUGACCCAGAGACUGGCAGGGUGAUGGAGAGAGGUGGUGACCCAGAGACUGGCAGGGUGAUGGAGAGAGGUGGUGGACCCAGAGACUGGCAGGGUGAUGGAGAGAGGUGGUGGACCCAGAGACUGGCAGGGUGAUGGAGAGAGGUGGUGACCCAGAGACUGGCAGGGUGAUGGAGAGAGGUGGUGAAGAGAGGUGGUGACCCAGAGACUGGCAGGGUGAUGGAGAGAGGUGGUGACCCAGAGACUGGCAGGGUGAUGGAGAGAGGUGGUGACCCAGAGACUGGCAGGGUGAUGGAGAGAGGUGGUGGACCCCUAUUCAAUUCAAACUUCAUUGUCCGCUGGACUGCACAGAAAUUGAUUGUGUAGGACUAUAUUAGACACAAUGCCAGGACCAGUGUCCUAUAAUCGAUUACGACUGGGAGUUCCACCAUGCAAAUGUGGGGACUAGUUAGUGUCUGCUGGCAUCAAAAGGUCAAUGAUUGAGAGUCCUAAAGUUAAUAUUCAGAUAAGUCAUAAUGUCUGCUUGUUUUAUCAGUUGAGAUGUAAUCUUUUGAAUCUGAAAGUGUGUGUUUAAAAAAAAAUGAUUUGUAUUAUUAUUUUAGGAACUGACUAGUUACCAAGCUGCUGCUGGAUUCCAUCUAGUCUUUGUAUAAAUACCCUGUAGCAUGACUGUGGCAUGUAAAAAGAGACUGUUAUCUCAUCGUCUUAUGUGUAAGGAUUAAUAAUGUGAAAUAUUAUUAUUAUUAUUAAUGAGGAAUGAAAACCGUAGACUUAUUUGAACAAAAAUAAUGACAUUUGUUACAGAUUAAAAUGAUUGUAUCUAUUUUAGUUUAAGGGCUAGACUUCAAGAAAUGUAAAAAA